UCACUUCCCCAAGAUUUUUAGUUUUGUUUUUUAUAUUUUUUACUCAACCUUGUAUGUUUUCCAAGUUCGAAAUUUGCACAAAAUUCAAGAACUAUAUUUCAUUAAUAUCGUGAUAUUGAUUCUGAUCAUUAGCACUUUUUUUUACAUUCGAAAAGUGUAGUUUACAUUUUGUUCGUUGAGCAAUUCUUGGCACAAAGUUUCCUCUGUGGUGAAUGUGGUGAAUUUGUAAAUCUCGUAAAUUGUGUUUGAUUUUUGAGAUAUGGUUUGUGGCCUUUAUUUUGAAUGCAACACGUUUUUUUAAUAAACAAAGUAUUUUUUUUAAUAGUUUAUAAUGAAAGCUCGAAAAUGGAACGAAUUGGAGGUGACUUUGAGCGAUUCUGUUUUGAAAACACUUCGGAAUUUGAAAUUUCACACGAUGACACCGAUACAGGCGGCUUGUAUACCAUUGUUAUUGAAGGGAAAGGACGUUGCUGCAGAAGCAGUGACAGGUAGUGGGAAAACAUUAGCUUUCUUGGUGCCAAUGUUGGAAAUAUUGCAGAAAAGGAAAGAAGUGUGGAAACCACAGGAAAUUGGUUCUAUAAUAAUUUCACCAACCAGAGAAUUAGCCACACAAAUUAGCGACGUCUUGUCUAAUUUUCUCGAAGAGAUUUCGAAUUUGAAACAAAUUCUUCUUGUUGGAGGCACCACUGUUCGAGAGGAUGUUGAAAGACUUCGAAAAGGUGCGAAUAUUAUUGUUUGUACGCCUGGAAGAUUAGAGGAUUUAUUGACAAAUUGCAAAGAAGUGAAUCUAAUUAUUGGUGUCAAAUCUUUAGAAUUGCUGGUCCUCGAUGAAGCGGAUCGUCUACUAGAUUUAGGUUUCUCCGAAAGUAUCAAUGCAAUUUUGAGCUUUUUACCACGACUCAGAAGAACUGGAUUAUUUUCAGCUACUCAAACAAAAGAAUUACAGCAAUUAAUAAGAGCGGGUUUGAGAAAUCCAACUCUGGUCGCGGUCAAAGAAAAAUCCAGUAUCUCAACUCCAGUUAAUUUGAGUAAUAAUUACACAAUAGUGAAUGCCGAAAAUAAACUCUCAACAAUGGUGGAAUUCAUUAAAAAACAAGGUUUCAAUAAGAAGUACAUGAUAUUUUUUUCAACCUGCGCGUGUGUCGAUUACUUCAGUCAUGUUCUGACAGCAUUACUACCGUCUUUUAAAGUAUUAGCACUUCAUGGUAAAAUGAAAAAUAAAAGACACAAAAUAUUCGGAGAAUUUCGAAACAUUGAAAAUGGUCUAUUGGCUUGUACGGAUGUAAUGGCUCGUGGUAUUGACAUUCCAGAAGUGGAUUGGGUUUUACAAUUUGAUCCUCCCUCGACUGCGAGUAGUUUUGUACAUAGAUGCGGAAGAACUGCGCGAAUUGGUAACGAAGGAAGCGCCAUUCUUUUUCUUCUAGAAUCCGAAGAUGCGUACAUAGAUUUCAUUAAAAGAAAUCAAAAAGUAGAUCUCAAAGAAAUGAAGACAGAAGUCUCUGACAAUUUCGCGACAAAAUGUCUAAAGACAAUGAGGAAUCUACAAAGAAACGACAGACUUUUAUUCGACAAGGCAAUUCGAUCUUUCGUCUCGUACACUCAAUAUUAUCAGAAACACGAAUGUCGUUUAAUUUUAAGACUCAAGGAUCUUGAUUUAGGCAAAGUUGCAAUGAGUUUUGGUCUAUUGAAAAUGCCAAGAAUGCCGGAAUUAAAGGGCUUGGAUUUGUCAUCAUUUGAGGGGGAGAACAUUGACAUUAACACGAUAAAGUACAAGGAUAAGCAGAGGGAAACGAGUAGACUGGAGAAAUUGAAAGAAUUCAAGGAAACGGGUAUUUGGCCGAGUAAGAAAAUGCGAAAAAUGAAAAAAACAGAACCUUGGUCGGAGGCGAAGAAAAAUAAAUUAGAUCAUCAGGAGAGAAGAAAUAUUCGACGGGAGAAGAAGAAGAAGAAAAUGGAAAUGAAUCCAGAUUCGAUUAAGAAGAAGCGAAAAAAGGGGAUUAGUGAGGAGGAUAUGGCAGAAUUGGCUAAGGACGUCGCUCUUAUUAAGAAAUUGAAGAAAAAGAAGAUUAGCGAACAGGAAUUUGAUUCUGCGUUUGGAAUUGAAUCCUAAAUGUUGGGAAUUUAUCAAAUUGUUAUGUAAUAUUUUUAUUAUUAAACAGACGAUCAAGUUAAAAA